AGAAUUCUUAAGACUUUAUCGGUAAUCAAACUUGAAAUUUUGUUUGCUCAUUAAAAUAGCGACGAAAAUGGGAAGUUACGCGAGCAAAAUUGCGUCGAUGUCAAACAAUGCAGUGCACUCCGUGUACCGUGGACGUAAACGAAAGUGCAUCGAGGAAGAUGAUUUUGAUUCUGAAUCGGAUUACAUUGAUCGCACAUUGCAAACGCCGAAAAAGAGAAAAUUGUUGACAACGGCACAAUACAUAUAUAAAACAUUGUUUCAAGAGGAGAAAGGAAGUGACUUAACUGUGCUCAUGUUAGGGAAAGCAUGGAGAUUACAUAAAGUUUAUAUCAGUCAGAGUCCAUAUUUUGCAAGUAUGUUUUCAGGAUCGUGGAGAGAAGCAAAUGAGACAGUUAUCAGUGUAGAGAUUGCUGAUCCUAACAUCACAUUAGAUUCUCUUUUGACAGUCUUUGGUUCUUUUUACCAAGAUGAAGUCAGUUUAGAACCAAAAGAUGUCAUAUCAAUUUUGGCUACUUCUACAUUAUUCCAAUUGCAAGGACUAAUUGAUCAGUGUACAGAUAUUAUGGUAGAGACAACAAACAUAAAAACAGUUGUUCCUUACUAUAAUGCUGCAGUAUCAUAUGGUGUACCAGUGGUAAAAGCUGCAGCAAAAAGAUGGUUAGAAGUUAAUCUCUUGGGAUAUGGAUGGUUACACCCCACCCUUUUAAAAGAAAUUACACCUGAUUUGAUGGCUGAGUUAAUUGCUAGUCCUGAUCUAAUUGCUAUGCAAACAGAAUUUUGUAUAUACAUGAUGUUACGUGUAUGGUUGUUUGUCCAUGUGCACAAUAAAGAGGAAACUCUUCAAAUUGAUGAAUACUUUAGAAAUCAUAAAUGGACAAAACCUUUCCUUACAACAGAAGAAGGUAGAGAAUUUGCAGCACCCUUCAAAGCACUGAGAAUGAAAAACCUUUUACUACACAAUCAAGAUGUCAAAAUUUUAUAUAGUGACAAUUUAAUACCACAUGAGUGGUUACACAUUGCAUACAAAGAGCAAUGGUUACAUUUGCUAAGAAUAGAUGCAAAUAAAGAUCGAGGACCAAAACAAAUGAGUGAAGAAGAGUUCGCUCGCGAGUGUUUUCGCUGCGGAAGGUGUAUUGAAAAAGUUGGUGAGCAUAUUUGGCGAUGGACAGCAUUUCAUUUUGGAUUAGAUUUGGUGGUGUGCUUGGAUAGUACAACUUUGAGGAUUAAGAGAAAUGACAGACCAGACACAGACCAUAUUAAAGCUAAUCAUAGCACGCACAAUAUAAUUUUAAAAGUAAGUCUAAUUUCAUUGGACGAACAACGUCAAGUAAAACACAUUCAGAGUUCGGGUAUGCGUAGGUUGUCACUUCACAAGAACGAAGAAAAACAGGUGAUGUCUUUGGAUAAACAACUCACUUAUCCUUUGUAUAUAUCGGUCAACAUGCAAGUAGUCACUCCAUUCGUAUCAACGGAAGAGGAAAAAUCAGCAGAUAUAGUUAUAUUCUCAGAUACUUAGCAUCCUGAACAUUCACCAUUUUUUAAACAUUCGAACUGAGCCUGACCAUAUACGCUUACCUCAGAUAAUAAUCCGGCGGUUCGACUUUAUAAUGCUUGAGUACGACUAAGUGCUUCGGAUAAUAGAAUUUUUAAUGUAAAUUUUGUCACUUACUCACGUAACGUUUACAUUGUGGAUAUGCCAAUUUCUGAUUAAACACUUUUAUAAACUCAAGAGCUUCUAGUCGACUAAACGGAAUCACGACAUUAGUACGAGGAAAAUUUCGUUUUUGUUAGUACUUCUUUGA